CUCCUAAAUCUAGCAUGAUCUUAAAGUAGUAGAGUCUCAUCCUAAACAAAUUCAGUUACUAUUACUUAAAUAGAAAGAUUUAUCAUCCUAACCUUUCCUUUAUCAUCUUCAAAGUAUUUGCUUCUUGUUGUCGUGAGCUAUAGACCUUAAGAAAGCUUUCUUUCAUUAUCAUUUUCAACUAUCUUGAAAAAAGGAUAAUGGAAGACACCAUGGGCGAAAGUAUGAUGGAAAGGAUUAAACCGAGCGAAAGUGUUAUGAAGAUAUUGACUGAAAGGAGUUUGAUGAUGGAUCUUGGAUCUUUUUAUAUACCAAAGAAGAGUAAAUCAAAGCCAAGGGGAGAUGAUGCUUAUUUUAUCUGUAAACAUCAUCAAACCAUUGGUUUGGCUGAUGGUGUGGCUAGUUGGGCAAAGAAGGGUAUAGACGCGGGUGAAUAUGCACGACAAUUGAUGGAUAAUUGUCUCACUGCCCUUUAUGCGAAAAACAAAAAGAUUGUGGAUCCAAAAAUGAUUUUAGAAGAAGCUUACUUGAAAACUGAAAUUAAAGGAUCCUCCACAGCAUGUAUUAUAACACUUACGAAUGAGUACUUGCAUAUUGUCAACGUUGGAGACAGUGGAAUCAUGCUAUUUAGAGAUGGAGAUCUGAUAUAUAAGUCACCCGCACAACAACAUCGUUUUAAUUCUCCAUAUCAAUUGGGAAAGAGAAGUGAUGAUCUAAGUGUAGCAGAGGAGCUUACAAUUGAGGUAAAGGCAGGAGAUGUUAUGGUGGCCGGAACUGAUGGACUAUUUGACAAUGUGUUUGCAAGUGAGAUAGAGGAUGUUAUAAGGGUUGUAUGUAAAAAAGAAAGCUGUUUGGAGCCACAGGUAUUGGCCCGCUCAUUCGCAAAGUUGGCUUUGAAGAAUUCACGGCACAAAGAUGGCGAUUCCCCAUAUUCAAGAGCGGCAAUGAUAGAAGGAUAUCUUAAAAAUGGUGGCAAACCUGAUGAUAUCACUGUGGUAGUUGCACACAUUGUACCACCCAUGGAGAUACUCGGAUUUUAGAAGGACGGCAGGAGCAAGCACCAAAACGACACAAGGGCGGUAACUAUAUAUAUUAUUCUUGCUCGUAUCAUUCUUAUUCCUGUUCUCAUUUUAUCUCUUUAAAAAUUGUGUAUGUGAUUUCACUUUGUUCAUUUUUGUGUUCUUCUUUGCUAUUAUAUUUCUCUAAGGGUUUACUCAAUGUCAUUAUUGUUUUUAGUGUCAGGUUGGAGUCCUUGUUUGUUUGACCUAUUGAGUAAUUUUUUUUUUUUUUUUUAAUUUCAAUCAUUUCUGUUAAUAAAAAAAUCAUUUGAAAAAAAAAAAAUCCAUGUGAAUCGUGUCUUAGAGUCAUACCAUUUAUCAAGAUUAUUAGUUAUUUUCUUUUGUUUUUAGGAUUUAAAAAAAAAAAAAAUCCGCAUGUGAACAG